CCGCGCAUUGUGCAUCGCGCCGCUGCCCCGGGCGGCAGCGCCGGUCCCGUCCCUCCGGGCUGAGGGGCUGCCGGGCACCAGCACCCCCCAAAAACCCAGCCCAACGCACCCCUCCCGGGCUCGGGCCGGGCCUCCGGCUCCUUCCCCCCCGGCGCACGUCUGAAAUAGCUAUCUCAGGUAACUGGAGUUGACUCUAAAUGUGAUUCCUGUGGGUUGACUGCUGUAAGCCUUAUUCACGCAAGGGAAGACUCUGGAAGGAAUAUGGAAUUAAGACACGUUCCCAGUGGAUACGCAGUAAAAAAGACACUGCAAAGCAGACAGUCCCUGGCCAGAGCCUUUCAAGGAACUGUUGAAUUACGAGAGCUGGUAAUUAUCUGCCUACAUCUGUGGCCUGGGACUCCUUGACACUGAGCACAAAGAAGAGAAGAAAAUGACAAAUGCUUGUCCAGAAGCACGUCCUCGCAGUGGCGUUUGCUUUCCCCUUGGUUUCUUAGGAUAACACUGAGCUGCCUUUAUUGCAAGGCAAUUGACUUUUUCAACCAAAUUGUAUCGCCUGUCAAGAAUUUUCAUGUGACUAUUGGAAACCUGCUGCCAAGAAUUUCAUGUGACUAUUGGAAACCUGCUGCAGAGUCUUCCCUAUUUGCUAUUCACUCCUGUUCUCUUCUCCCUUUAGCAGUUUCUUUUUUGAACAGCAAACGGAGGGAACUGCUCGCAUUGCUGCUGCUGCUGCUGCCGCUGCUCCAGCUGCGUGUGUGUGUGUGUAAACAGGAUGGUGUAUCUGUAGCUGCCACGCGCAAACACACAUUUGACCAUGAGGACUCUUCGCAGGUUGAAGUUCAUGAGUUCGCCCAGCCUCAGUGAUCUGGGCAAGAGAGAGCAGGCAGCCUUGGAUGAGCGGGGGACCCAGCAGCGACGGGCCUGCUCCAACGCUACCUGGAACAGUAUCCACAAUGGAGUAAUAGCGGUGUUCCAGCGUAAGGGUCUCCCAGACCAUGAACUUUACAACCUCAAUGAAGGAGUCAGGCAAUUAUUGAAAACAGAACUGGGAUCCUUUUUCACUGAAUAUCUACAGAAUCAGCUGCUCACAAAAGGCAUGGUGAUCCUAAGGGACAAGAUCCGGUUUUAUGAAGGGCAGAAACUACUGGAUACGUUAGCUGAAACCUGGGAUUUUUUCUUCAGUGAUGUCCUGCCCAUGCUUCAGGCUAUUUUCUAUCCUGUGCAGGGGAAGGAGCCCUCAGUUCGGCAGCUGGCUCUUCUGCACUUUAGGAAUAUAAUUACCCUCAACAUUAAAUUGGAAGAUGCAUUAUCACGUUCCAGAGCCAGAGUUCCACCUUCUAUUAUUCAGAUGCUAUUAAUACUCCAGGGGGUUCACGAGUCGAAAGGUGUGACUGAAGAUUAUUUGAAACUGGAAUCACUGAUCCAGAAAGUCGUUUCUCCUUACUUGGGCACAUACGGACUGUAUUCGAGUGACGGACCCUUCACGCACUCUUCCUGUAUCUUGGAGAAGCGGUUCUUCAGGCGCUCAAAAUCAGGUGACAUCCUCGCCAAGAACCCUGUCGUGCGAUCGAAAAGCUACAACAAUCCACUGCUGACACCAGUGGCUGAGUAUGAAACCGAGGGCAUGGCUGCCAAUGGAACAGGCAUCCGAAGGCACUCCGUUUCGGAAAUGACCUCCUGCCUGGAGCUCCAGGGGUACUCCAACCUCACCACCAUCAUGGACAACGGUUCUAAGAGCUCCAUGACGGCCACGAAAAGCUCGCUGUCAGGAGACCAGGAGAGGCCCAGCACCGGGUCAGUGCAAUGCUCUAGCAAACUCAGCACAGUUGAGCAACAGAAGGGACUCUUCCACUCAAUGGACGACCCACAUAGGUCUUUUGAGCUGGACAGGGACCCUUCCUUGAUUCCAGUUCCUUCUUCCAGCCCUGAGAACAUAGUGGAUCAGAUUCUGGAGUCGAUCGACUCUGAUUCUGAAGGCAUUUUUAUUGAUUUUGGCCGAGGCUGUUCCAAUUCAUCAGCAUACAAUGUGGACGUGAACAGACAGAGCAUCAUGUGAAGGACAUUGGGAGACAAACCUUGGGGUUUAAUAUAUAUGAAAGUUACUAACGCAUUGAGUCGGACUAUGAGCAAGCUAUAUAUGUCUAGGGCAGAACCUCUGUUGUAGGUCAUCACAGCUGUACUAAAGUACACAAACACAAGUUUACAGCAGGCAGGAAUCUGCUGUGAGGGGGAAGAAACUCCAACCACUUCUCCUUGUCCCUGUCACUCUGCAGUUGGAUUUCCUAUUAUCUUUAUAAACUUAGGGGUUCACAAGCUGACAAGUGUCUGGUAAAAUGCUAUUGGUGCAGCUGGCAGUGUUUGUUCAGUAAAACAGCCUAGCAAAUGGCCGUGUUCACUUUUAAUUUUCUCAAGAGAUUUCCUGUAGACAGCAGGUUGUUCUCUGAACCGUCACACCUCAGCCAGAGUAAAAACAUAUCCUUUUAAAAAAAACAAAAAAACCCAGAGGCUGUGGGCCUUCAUGCCACAGAAUACAGUGAUAAAGAAGUCUCUUUUAAUCUUUUUCUUGUACAUCUUGUAUGCACUCCUUUGCCUAUGGUGAGUUAAGAGUUCUUGAAGAAAGGCAAAUAAACAGAAAUGUGCUACCUGA